UUUUUAUAUAUCAAAUUAAAUUAUUUAUACUUUUAAAAUGAUUGUAAUUAGCAAGUGUAUUAUACUCUUUACAAUUUUGGAAAUUUUUAAUUUAACAUUUUUAAUAAAUGCACAAGCAGAAAAUAAAUUAAACAAAAAUGACUCAUUUUUAUUGGGAACAACAACUGCAAAUCCAAAUAACAAUUUAUUAGCUAGCACAGUUAGUAGUGCAACAGCAAAUACAACACCAGCAACAUCAACAACAACGACGACGACAACAACAACAACACAAUCAUCUCUAAGUAGUACAACUGAAAAAAAAAUAAUAACAACACCAUCAGGUGGAUUAUAUUCAUCAUCUCAAUAUCCUGAUCAUCAAUCAGACUCAUCAAAAAAAGAGAAAUUUGAAACAACAACAGCAUCAUCAUCAUCUUCAACGACACACUCAUCAACAUCAUCAUCAAGAUUUGUUGAUCAAUUUGAUACAGUUAGUUUUCUAGUGGGAUGUCUGUUUACCUUGUGUUGCAUUACCCUUGGUGUUUUCUUCUGGAAGAUAUAUGAAGUACAACUUGAACGCGAUUAUCUCACAAUAUAAUUUGUAAUUAUUUAAAUAUCAAUAAAAAAUAGUAUUUUCUACA